AUGGCUGCUGGUAGGACAGAUGGAACUCAUGUUAAGAUAAUGCCCCCUGGAUCAAGACGUGAGGACUACCUCAACCGCAAGUUUUUUCAUUCAAUUAACAUGCAAGCAGUCUGUGAUCACAGGGGAGUAUUUCUUGAUGUUUUUGCCGGGUACCCAGGCUCUGUCCGCGAUUCUCGUGUGCUGAAAUGUAGUCCAUUAUACCCUUGCUACAUGCAAUUACUUCUCUCACAGUGCUUACUAGCAAGAUUGUCAUCGUGGAGGAAAACCUAUAUCAGAGAUAUUAUCACACUAAAUGUCAACACUCCCAAAUUUCAAAAUGAUUGUUUCUAGGGAGUUCAUAGGGUGAAACGAAAAUUGAAGACUCUAAUACUCAAGCAAACUAAGAGAUUCAAUGCAGAUCUUCAUGUGUACAUAAAAGUCCUUGAAUCCUUCUUGCUA